UAAAAAAGUACCCGACCAAGAAAGAAGACGGCGUUCGUUCCAAGCUGAGACACUCCGUACAAAAGGCUCAGCGCUUUCUUUCUUCUGCGACACCAGAACCAGAUCGACCUUCCAAGUUCCAACCAUCCCGGUCCACGUAACCAAAAUAGAAUAAACAAACAAAAACCACAAACUUCUCAGCCGCCGGAACCCCGACACGUGUAACAACCACCAUCACCACCACCAUGCGUCCCCCAAUCAUCACCGUCCGCGGCGGCAGAUGGCCGGGGCACGCCGGACGCCGAUGAUUGUUUAUAAGCCGUCGUUUUAAUAGAAAUGCCGGCGACCGAACAACUGCGCCACCUGCGUUUCCUGGAGUGCAACCGUCACGAGCUCGAUCACCAUGUCCAGAUUUUUGGCCUAUGGAAAUGUGAGGAGGGGUGUAAGAUCCUUUCUUCAAGAUCAGCGAACUGGAUACGUAGAAGUUGCAAGUAACAAAGUGUAUCGCUCAGUUGAAGCCCCUUACACCCUAUGCAGAUUGUUUCCGAGGUAUAUGCAUUGUUUAAGAGGGCAGUCUCCGUUUAUGUUACAUAAAGCAAGAGAUAAGUUGUUAAGGAGCAGUGGUUCUAGGAACUUAUAUACCCUAUCGUCAAGAACCAGAGUUUCUCACCAUGCUCAAUUUGCUUGGAAAAGGUUUUCUCAGUUAUGUUCCUUUAGGGGCCCAACUUUACGGCCAAUUGGUCAAAUUGCACGUGCGGUGAGCUUGUCUUUGACACGCUCAAAUUUAGUAGCUCCUGGUGUUAUUGCCUUUGUAAUUGGAGAGUUUGCUCGGACACAGAGAACAUGUGCAGAAGCAGAAGGCCUCCCAACAAAAGACACUCUUUAUCUUCAUGCCCAAGAUGGACAUAUUUAUUUAACCGCACUUGUGUUUGCGCUUGUGGAGUGUUUUAUCUUGUUUAUUAGAGCAGUUUAUCUAGCAAUUUUGUUCUCACCCUGUAUAGCUAUGGCACCCUUUGCAAAGUCCCUUGGCCGUCGGUAUAGGAAAAUAUGGCUUCGUGUUCUCCAUCUUACACUGGAAAAGGCUGGCCCGGCAUUCAUAAAAUGGGGUCAAUGGGCUGCUGCAAGACCAGAUCUCUUCCCAAGAGAUUUGUGCAGUGAACUUUCAGAACUUCACACUCAUGCUCCAGCACAUAGUUUUUACUUCACCCAAAAAAGUAUUGAGAAGGCGUUUGGUCGAAGGCUGCCUGAAAUUUUUGAAAAAUUUGAGGAGGAACCUGUGGCAUCAGGAAGUGUUGCUCAAGUCCAUCAAGCUGUACUCAAAUACAGAUACCCGGGUCAGCAGAUCAAGCCCAGGGUUGUCGCUGUCAAGGUUAGACAUCCCGGUGUUGGUGAGGCAAUUAGGAGGGACUUCGUGAUUAUUCAUUGUGUAGCCAAAAUUUCAAGGUUAAUCCCUUAUUUGAAGUCGUUGAGAUUGGAUGAAAGCAUUCAGCAAUUUGCCGUUUACAUGAUGUCACAAGUUGAUCUGUCAAGGGAAGCUGCACAUUUGAGUCGUUUUAUCUAUAAUUUCCGAAGAUGGAAGGAUGUCUCAUUUCCGAGGCCUCUAUAUCCCCUGGUGCACCCAUCCGUUUUAGUGGAAACUUAUGAACAGGGCCAAAGUGUUAUGCACUAUGUUGAUGAGCUGGAAGGAAAUGAACCAAUAAAAAAUGCCCUUGCUCACAUCGGGUCCCAUGCUCUGUUGAAGAUGCUUCUGGUUGAUAAUUUUAUCCAUGCUGACAUGCAUCCUGGGAAUAUUCUUGUCAGAGUAUCCCGUUGCAAGUUACCAAGUAAACAACUAUUUAGAAUGAGGCCUCAUGUUGUUUUCCUUGAUGUGGGCAUGACUGCCGAACUUUCUAAGAGAGAUCAACUGAAUUUAGUCGAAUUCUUCAAGGCUGUAGCCCUUAAAGAUGGUCGAACUGUUGCAGAGCGCACUCUGAGAUUAUCUGGACAGCAAGACUGCCCAAAUCCCAAGGCUUUCAUUGAGGAAGUAGAAAAAUCUUUUAAAAUCUGGUACUCCCCAGAAGGAGACAUCAUCCAUGCUGCCGACUGCAUGCAUCAAUUGCUUGAGCAAGUUCAGCGGCAUAAAGUUCGAAUUGAUGGCAAUGUUUGCACAGUGAUGGUGACCACUUUGGUUCUCGAGGGGUGGCAGCGGAAGCUUGAUCCCGAAUACGAUGUGAUGCAAACUUUACAAGCAUUGCUCUUUAAGGCUGACUGGGCAGAGUCCCUCACUUACACCCUUGAAGGACUCAUGGCCCCGUAAAAGGUUCCAUUUUUCCUUUUCUUUUAUUCUCGUUACUAAACCCGUAAAAUUUAAAAAAAAAAAAAAAAAAAAAAAAAAGACUAUAUUUCCUUUUAGAAAAUUUUGACAGAGAGAGAGAGAGCAGGAUUCAUGCAAUAUUAUAGUGGAGAGGAAUAAUGGGUUUUGUACAACUUUCCUACAUUCCUUAUGUUGUAUGACCUUGUCAUUGUUUUAUUACAUUUUUAGUUUAUUUUUACACUUUUCA